UGCUGAUGCUGGUAAAUGUGAAUCUGAGCCAGUCGUGUUUCGGAGUUGAAAACGUUUUAUUAUGCCAGGAGAUGCCAACAGAUACUUGCGUGACACCCCGACCAACAACAGCUACACACAUGGUCUGCACACUCUUUGGUGUGAUAGCGGUCCUGGUGCUGCUCCUGUUGGCGCUGUGUUUCCUGAUAGUUCUGCACAGGAGGAAACGCAGCAACAAAAGCGUGAUGCCCAUCAGUCCAGAAGAAAACAGGGACGAGUUAAGAGAAGACAGCAGAUCUCAGUCUCCGGGACACUCUGAGAAAACAGAAAUCAGCCGGUGGGACUCAGAGACGGGAUGGAGGAGAUCCUUCACUGGAGUCAGAGCUAAGUCGGCAAAUGCUAUUCUCUUUGUGUCUCCUUUCUGUACUCCUGGGAAAGACCAAGUGACUUUACAAGUGAAGCCGAAACAGGGAGAGCACACCGGAGGAGACGGAGAGAGUGAGACAGAAGAUCCCACAAAUGAAACCAAUGUAAUAACAGAUGCUAAACAAGCCAAUGCUGUUGUGAAUCGAGAUGAAACCCUGCACUGUGUGUCUAUACAUACUAGCACUGUACCUUAUCUGAGCAUUGGUACAGUCCAGAAUAAACCAACUUCUGAGGACUUUAACAAACAGGACACUGAUGCAGGUCAAAGGUCACAGAGAGUGAUAGGGAGGAUCUCCACCUGGCCUCCAACUGCAAGUCAGUGGCAGGCAAGGUGUAAAAUGAAGGAGGAGGGGUCUGAAGAGUUCACUGACUGGACACUGAAGUGUUCAGGUGAGGUGGUGAAAGGGUUAAAGAAAGAGCAGCAUCCCUUUGCUUCUGAUCAGGAUGAGCAGGAAGGGGAAACUGAGAACAAUCAAGAUGAUCCCUUAGAAAUGAACGUGGCUCACAUGACAUCUCAGGCCUUAAAACAAAACGAUGAGACCCUCUCUCUCAGUGAAGACCUUUCCCACGCUGACAGGCUAGAAGAGCAGCUAAAGCAGCAGGAGGAGGGGAUCCAGGAUGUUGCAAACCUGACUCAAAACCUGACUCAGGCUCCAAACCAAGAUCAGAAAUCUGCAGGAAAUGCUGAAAGCAAGAGCAGCAAGACGAGGAGUGAAGCGAGCAGGCAGAGGGUGAUGAAGGCUCCCUCCGGUGGAGCCUCGCCCGAUGAUGAGACCCUGCUGUCGGGCAACCAGUACGCCUUCAUGGACCUCCUGCACCAGGUGUCCCAGAACCACGGCCGCACCACCAGAGACCGGUGGAGGCAGAUCCACGUCACCAAGCAGCGGCAGAGGGGCCGAGGGGCGGAGGAUGAACACGUACCUGACAUCAAAUAG